CACUUUUUUGCUGCUUCCUUCGUUUCGACGUUGAGCGACCUAAAAUGAAUAAAAACUUCAAACAAACGGAAACAAUAAGAAAAAGUUAGAAAUACUGGGGAGAAAGUGUAAAUAAGUAAGUUGCUGCUUUUCUUUGCUAUACAGCUCCGGGAAAAGGGUCUUUGAUUGAUAGGAGAGAAAAAGAUUUUGCAAAUUCCAAGUCCAAGGUUGGAUGGAUUUCUCUAGUGAAAUGUUCAUUCGAGAAAUAGUACAACUUUGGUAAAAAAUCUAGUGAUAGUGAUUUUAUGUUAUUUUACUUUUACGAAUACGAAAUUGAGAUAAGAAGUUAGAAAGAAUUUUGUUUGAUAGUCAUGGAGCCUUUGUGGAAGCUUUUGUAUUUGCUGGAGCCUGCUCCCAUUUCACUAAUUGUGACAGCUGUAGGUGUGACAUAUGGAUCUGCAUUUCGUGCUCUAAAUUAUGGAAAAGAAAUGGAGCGAAAUCGUGAUUUAUCAGAAGCAUCCAUUAUGUUAGAUCGGUCACAAGCACUCAUGAUUCCUGUAAUGAGUUCUUUCAGUUUGCUUUUGAUGUUUUACCUAUUCUCUUCUGUUUCACAACUUCUCACUGCAUUCACAGCCAUUGCCUCUGUUUCAUCCCUUUUCUUCUGCCUAUCUCCUUAUGUAGCCUAUUUGAAGGCACAGUAUGGGCUGGCUGACCCAUUUGUGUCGCGGUGCUGUUCAAAGUCCAUUACGCGAAUCCAAGGACUCUUAUUAUUGUUAUGUUCUGGUAUAGUAGCAGCAUGGCUCGUUUCUGGGCAUUGGAUAUUAAACAAUUUGUUGGGCAUCUCUAUUUGUAUUGCCUUUGUGAGCCAUGUGCGUCUUCCAAACAUUAAAAUCUGUGCAAUGCUCCUUGUUUGUUUGUUUGUAUAUGACAUAUUCUGGGUGUUCUUCUCUGAGAGAUUUUUUGGGGCAAAUGUCAUGGUAUCAGUUGCAACACAGCAAGCAUCAAAUCCUGUUCACACUGUUGCUACUAGUUUGAGCCUUCCUGGGUUGCAGAUGAUAACAAAAAAGCUGGAGUUGCCUGUUAAGAUUGUCUUUCCCAGGAACUUGUUGGGUGGAGUAAUACCUGGAGGAAGUGCUUCGGAUUUCAUGAUGCUUGGUCUUGGUGACAUGGCAAUUCCAGCCAUGCUUCUAGCCUUAGUCCUCUUUUUCGAUCAUCAGAGGAGCCGGGAUUCAGUAAAUCUCUUAGAUGUACAUUCCUCAAAGGGUCAUAAAUACAUUUGGUAUGCUCUCCCUGGAUAUGCCAUUGGACUGGUUACUGCUUUAGCAGCUGGCGUUUUGACUCAUGCCCCUCAACCUGCUCUUCUAUAUCUGGUACCUUCCACUCUAGGGCCAAUCAUCGUCGUCUCUUGGAUAAGGAAGGAGCUAGGAGAGUUAUGGGAUGGACCAACGCCGAGCCUCCUCAACGAUAAGGGGCGACAAAUAGAAGUUUAAGCCAUUUAUCUUUUGUGGUAGAGCUUACAGAACCAAAAAAUUUACAAGUUGUAAAUUCACUUGGAAGUCUUAUUCCUGCCGGAUAGACUGGAUGGGUUAAUUAGCAGUCGAUGAUGUUUAAUUUACGCUUAUCUGAAUCGGAGUUUACAUGUUGCUCUUCAAAAUACACAGCUCAAUGAUGGAAAGAAGGAAAGGCUAUAUUUAUAUUUAUAAGAACCAUCUUAUUUCUUCUAUAAAAUAUACAUUUGAAAUAAAAUAUAGGUAUACAUUUCUUGUUA